AUGAGGUGUCCAGAAGCUGCAUCUGCCGCUUCUCCAAGGGAGCCCUCUGCAAACGUGUCAGUCAAGCGGCCCCUGCAAAGGCCCCUGGAGCACGCCAUUACAGUGGGCAACUGGGGAGAAGCAGUUGUUCUGAUCGAGAGGUUGCUGCUGGUCGGCGCCCUGCCAGAGAACCUCAUUUCAGAUCAACUCCUCAAAGGCCUGUGUGCAAAGGGAGCGUUUCGCACAGCAUGGAAGCUGUACAGUUCCCAGCAGGGGCGGUCGAAGACGUACCAGUAUUCAACCUACCAGGCUCUGAUCACGGGUGCUUUUCAGGCGGGCGAGGCCUACGAUGCUGUUCAAGCGUUCCGGGACCUUCAGAGCUCCGGCUUGACCCCAAACGUGAUCACCUGGUCGAGCGUGAUCAGCUCCCUGUGCAAACAGCGGCGCAAGGGGGCUCCCUGUGCCCACCUAGCAUACGAGCUGUGGAGGGAGCUGGACGCCUCCGGCCUGGCCACCGGCAAUGCUGCCCUGUAUGCAGCAGGGAUGAAUGCCUGCAUCGGGCUGGGCUAUGUGGAUGAGGCGGCUGGGCUGCUGCGGACGAUGCAGGGGUGGGGCAUGCGGGCGGACGUCCGCGCAUACAACAUCCUGCUCAAGGGGCAGGCCAAUGCGCACUCGCUGAGCGCCAUGCAGGCCACUAUGGCUGACAUGGAGCGGCUUCAGGUGGCGCCCAGCGUCGUCACCUACAACAUCCUCAUCGACGCCUUUGUCAAUGAGGGCCUCCUUGAGCAGGCGGCGGCCAAGCUGCAGGAGGCGCAGAAGCUGGGCCUGCGGCUUGACCUGUGGAGCUACAACACGCUUAUCAAGGGGUUCUGCCAGGCCAACCAGGUCGCCGACGCGCGCGACGUCCUGGAGGCCAUGAAGCUGCAGAACGUCCAGCCCAAUGUGGUAACGUACACUACGCUGGUGGACGGCUGCGUGCGAGCCGGGGACCUGUUCCUGGCGGAGGAGAUGCUGCGUGACAUGCAGUUCAUGGGCGUGCCUCCCAACACCGUCACUUUCAACAUCAUGCUGCGUGGCUACUGCCAGUGGUCCACCCGCCCCAUCCAGGAUGCGCUGGAAACGCUGCGCAGCAUGGGCAUGGCGGGCGUGGUGCCGUCCACCGACACCUUCAACACGCUCAUGGGCGCCUGCCUAUCGCGGGGGGACCCGGGGGCCGUGCCGCGCCUCUUCAGGCGCCUCAUCUCCCUGGGCCACACCCCCGACGCCCUCUCCUACACCAGCCUCAUCACCUCCCUCACCCGCCUCGGCCGCCCCGAAGACGCCGUGCUGGCGUUCCGAGCGAUGGAGGCGGAUGCGCGUGUUGCGGUGGACCUUGCCGCGCUGAAUGCCGUUGUAGACGCGCUCGCUCGCUGCGGCCGCAUGGGUGAUGCGGAGGACCAGCUGGAGCGCGCCACUGAGCUCUGCAGGAGACGAGGCCGACCGCCGCCGUUGGAGGCGUAUGGGGCGCUGCUGGCGGAGUACGCGCGGCGACGGGACGCGGAUGCGGCGCUGGCGGUGCUGCAGGAGUUCUUCGAGCGCGGCGGCACGCCAGACGACCAGAUGUUUGACACCGUCAUGGACCUGUGCAUGCGCACCGGCGAGUUCCGGCGCGCCAUGCAGGCGGUGCGGGCGAUGGAGGCGGUGGGGAGGCAGGUAGACAAGGCGCGCAUCAAGCGGGCGCUGGAGGACAUGAUGCGGCGGCAGAGCGCGGCGCUGCAGGGGCGACAGCGCAGGCGCAGCCGCAACGAGGGCCUGGAGCGGCUCAAGUUCUGGCUGGGCAUCCCCAACAGCUACUACGAGUCCGACUGGCGCGCGCAAGAGAGUUCUGAAGAGAGCAGCAACGACUGGAGAGAAGGCGAAGACUGA